UUUGUCGGCUGAUUUCCGUCUCCUUUAUUAUCCAGUGACGUAAGCGACGCUAUCGGCUAACCUUUACUGAUGCAACAUUGGGAAUUUUUGCUUCUGUUCUCAUUAUACAACCGGCUCAAUAAAAAAUCGUUAGUCGAACGCUUUGUUAAUCUGCCACAGUUUAAAUACGAGUUUGUUGAGUGGGUUUGUUAGCGGUUGAUUGUGAUGAUGAUGGUACAGGAUGGUUGUAUUCAGCUGCUCUGCCUCACAGCCAGCAGCGGGGUCCCUCUUUUCACAAGGGGGGCCUCCAAACAGCUGCCCUUCUCGGUCAUCGGCUCUUUGAAUGGGGUGCACAUGUUCGGAGGAGGACAGGGGGUGCUUUUGUCCUCCUGCGAGACUGAGGGUGGUGGAAAGGUGGUGUGGAGGGUUUUCCACGACAGUGUGAUGCUCAUCGCUGUGAGUGGAGGUGGAUCAAGUGGAGCUUGCAGCAGAGAGGAGGAGAUCCGCUUACAGCGCCUCCUUGAGAAUGUUUGGCACUGCAUGGUGCUGGUCCUGGGACAAGAUGAGCUGGUUAAUCUCAGGAACGUUGAAAGACUCAAGAGGGACCUGCGGUCCUGCUUCUGCCUCAUCGAUCAGCUGCUUGAGGAGAAGCAGCAAGGAGUUCUAGGGAACCUCACACACUGUGCUGAUUCACUCCUUCCUCCAAACCCAACUCUCCUCCAAGAAGCUGUGGAUGGCUUUGCUCAGGCUGCAGACAGCGAGUUCGGGUGCCUCUUUGUCCAUGGGAAAAUUGCUGCGGCUACUGAGAAGUGGUGGCGCCUGGCACCUCAAGAAGUAGUCUUGUUGUCUGCUUUGGUACGCACCCUAUCUGCAUCUGGAUCAGCUUCUUGUGAUUACCCAGUUUUCCUCCCUCAAGGCAGCCCCACCGUUGCCCACCGCCUCCUCCGCUUCCAAUUGCUUCCUGGAGCUGAUGUGUGUGUGCUAUGUGGUCCCACCCCGUCCCUGCACAGAGCUGAAUCUGAGCUGGUGGGCCAGUUGUGGUCGCCCCUGGUAGAGACCCUGAGAAGCUGCCUGUCUGUUGGAGAGCGCAGCUUACCAGGAUCUGUACCUCUGCGUCCCGAUGUGCUGGCACUUCUUCUCAUUAACCGCGAAACCCGUCGCUCGGUCUCAUGUGUGCAGCUCUCCUCUUAUCAUCUCCUUAGUGACCACUCACUCUCAAAAUCCCGCUGCUGGGAACUACUGAAACUAUUUUAUAUCUUCAGCAUGUCACGGUACUUCACCCAUGAGGAGACGUUAUGUGUUUCAGCAGAGGACGGUGCUCAGGGGGGGCACACAGAAGACUUUCUACAUGGAUUCUCCCACCAGCCUCAACAAUGCUAUCUAGUUACAGAAGAAUGCAAAAGUUAUGGACUUCAGACACCGCGGCACCAGCUCUUUCUACUCAUGUUGCCAUCUGUGCCCACCUUAGCGCUGCGUACGGUGGCUACACAGACUCUCUCUGAUAUAACUUCAGCAACAGCGUUUUAAUUGAACUGAUUCAUUUUAAUUACACCCAUACUGACAGCCCUAAUUUUGAAUUAAUUAAUGGAAAACUGAGUGAUUAAAUAUCGGCAGUAGGACUGAUGCACAUUGUUGAUGAAACUGUGAAAAUGCGCCAAUGUACUUUAUUAUUAAUAUUAACGAUUAAGUCCCAGGUAAAGAGUUGUGUCUAAACUACAUUGGCUUUUAAGUUGCCUUAGGUAGCGUUGAAAUCUGGCCAAACUGUUUUGGAAAUCAACGGGAAGAUUAUGUUGCUCUGUGAUGAAUAGGUACCUGCUGUUUUCUGUUUAAACAUCUUGAAAAGCUUACUUUUAAGGUCCAUUUGUUCAGUUUUUUGUUUGAUUGAAGUGUGUAUAAUGAAAAUAGCGUAUAACAUAAAAACAAGUAUAUCCCAUAGUUACUGGAACGCUGGGUAAAUUAUGAAACAAAAAGUACUAUGAAGGAGAACUGAAACGGUUGAAAGGUGGAAUCCAUUUCCACUUUAAAACAAAUUAUGCAACACAGGUGGACAGUCCUUUUCACAGUCGCAAUCAGAAAAUAGACUUGUACUUUUUCAGAUCGAACAUUUUGCACUUAAUCUUUACACCAUUACCUUUUAUAAAUAUGGGGUUUGUGUUCAUUUUUACAAGUGAUCCUAAUUGGUUCUGGUGAUGUUUUGACACCAAAAAAAAGCAUUUGCUCCAACUGUGUUUCACUAAUUCUCUGUCUUGUUUUGGGAUUUUAACCGACACAUCAACACAAGCUAGUACAUGAUUUUGAAGUUGGAGGGAAAUGAAAGGAGAAGGAAAGAUCUGAAAGUAACGUGCGUUUGCAUUACCCCGCCUUACUCUGAUACCUAAAUAAAUUACAGUGCACCCAGUUGCCUCAAGAAGCGGCCUACUUAGUAAACUAUCUGACAUCAGUACGACUACAGCUAUUCUGUGAAGCCGGUAGAGGUUUGUUAGUGAACAAAUCUGAACAAACACCAUCAUGACGAACAAGGAACACAGCAGACAUGUCAGGGAGAGGGUUGUGGAGACGUUUAAAGUAGAGUUGGGUUAUAAAACAAUAUCCCAAGUUUUGAACAUCUCACAGAGCAAAGAUCAGUCCAUCAUCUCAACCUGGAAAAAGUAUUGCAAACAUACCAACACAAAGCUGAUAGGCUGGGCAAGAAAAGCACUCGUCAGAAGCAGCCAGGAGGCUCAUGGUAACUCUGGAGGAGCUGCAGAACUUCCAUAGCUUAGGUGGGAGAAUUUGUAGACAGGACAACUAUUACUUAUACACUCUACAAAAUAGGCACUUAAUGGACAAGUGACAACGAGAAAGUCAGUAAAUGUUUGUUUGCAGUUUGCCACAAGCCACGUUGGAGGCAGAAGAAGAUGCUGUGGUCAGCUGAGACCAAAAUUGAACUCUUUGGUCCACAUGAACAACGCUCAAGUCUUUGGAUGUGCAAAGCUUGUAGAGACAUACCUUAAAAGUCUUGCAGCCUUAACUGCAGCUAAAGGUACUGACUCAGGGGAAAUAAAUACAAAUGCAUGUUUUGAUUUUUACAUGUAAAACAUUUUUUAAAACCAUGCAUCAACUCAAUUCCGCUUAACAGUUAUAAACUACUCUGUGUUUCUCUAUCAAAUAAAAUCCCAGUGAAAUA